AUGGGUCUUGAUACUCCCACAACCAGAGGUCAUCCACAACGACCUCUGUCUAACCAAGGCAGGAAACCACAGCCAUCUGCCAACGUCACACAACCACCAAUAGAUGGCGUUGCCCCUGUAGCAUCCAAUAUCAGGGGAGGGCGGACAACAACGAGCGCUCACGAGCGACCACGAGUAACAACGAGCAACAACGAGCGCCCACGAGCAACAACGAGCGCUCACGAGCGACCACGAGCAACAACUAACUCCCACGAGCAACAACGAGCGCUCACGAGCGACCACGAGCAACAACGAGCGCUCACGAGCAACAUCGAGCAACGACGAGCGCCCACGAGCAACAACGAGCGCCCACGAGCAACAACGAGCGCCCACGAGCAACAACGAGCGCCCACGAGCAACAACGAGCAACAACGAGCGCCCACGAGCAACAACGAGCGCCCACGAGCAACAACGAGCGCCCACGAGCAACAACGAACUCCCACGAGCCACAACGAGCAACAACGAGCGACCACGAGCUCUCACGAGCGAUCACGAGCAACAACGAGCGCCCACGAACAACAACGAACUCCCACGAGCCCCCACGAGCAACAACGAGCGCCCACGAGCAACAACGAGCGCCCACGAGCAACAACGAGCGCCCACGAGCAACAACGAGCGCUCACGAGCGACCACGAGCAACAACGAGCAACAACGAGCGCUCACGAGCGACCACGAGCAACAACUAACUCCCACGAGCAACAACGAGCGCUCACGAGCGACCACGAGCAACAACGAGCAACAACGAGCGACCACGAGCAACAACUAACUCCCACGAGCAACAACGAGCGCUCACGAGCGACCACGAGCAACAACGAGCGCUCACGAGCAACAACGAGCAACGACGAGCGCCCACGAGCAACAACGAACGCCCACGAGCAACAACGAGCGCCCACGAGCAACAACGAGCAACAACGAGCGACCACAAGCAACCACAAGCUCUCACGAGCGACCACGAGCUACAACAAGCAGCAACGAGCGCCCACGAGCAACAACGAGCGCCCACGAGCACAACGAGCGCCCACGAGCAACAACGAGCGCCCACGAGCAACAACGAGCAACAACGAGCGACCACAAGCAACCACAAGCUCUCACGAGCGACCACGAGCUACAACAAGCAGCAACGAGCGCCCACGAGCAACAACGAGCGCCCACGAGCAACAACGAGCGCCCACGAGCAACAACGAGCGCCCACGAGCAACAACGAGCAACAACGAGCGCCCACGAGCAACAACGAGCGCUCACGAGCGACCACGAGCAACAACGAGCGCUCACGAGCAACAACGAGCAACGACGAGCGCCCACGAGCAACAACGAACGCCCACGAGCAACAACGAGCGCCCACGAGCAACAACGAGCAACAACGAGCGACCACAAGCAACCACAAGCUCUCACGAGCGACCACGAGCUACAACAAGCAGCAACGAGCGCCCACGAGCAACAACGAGCGCCCACGAGCAACAACGAGCGCCCACGAGCAACAACGAGCGCCCACGAGCAACAACGAGCGCCCACGAGCAACAACGAGCGCCCACGUGCAACAACGAACUCCUACGAGCAACAACGAGCGACCACGAGCUCUCACGAGCGAUCACGAGCAACAACGAGCGCCCACGAACAACAACGAACUCCCACGAGCCCCCACGAGCAACAACGAGCGACCACGAACAACAACGAGCUCUCACGAGCGGACACGAGCAACAACGAGCGACCACGAGCGCCUACGAGCAACAACGAGCAACAACGAGCGACCACGAGCAACAACGAGUUCUCACGAGCGACCACGAGCAACAACGAGCGCUCACGAGCUCCCACGAGCUCCCACGAGCAACAACGAGCGCCCACGAGCAACAAUAA